GUCAAAACGUGUGAGAACUGCGCCCACGCGAAAAUCAGAUGCACGCGAUCGGAGGGGAGGAGCAGCUGUGAUAGAUGCCAUCGACUGCGAAAAGAGUGUACUUUCCGGCCUGCCAGGACUAAUCUGGGAAGAGUGCCACAGGAGAGACGCAUUGACGCGUUGGAAGCCAAAGUAGAGCAGCUUCUGGCGAAUUCGAGUGCCCCUGCUGCAGGCACUAAUGAACAGAGCAAUGACUCUCCCGACAUCCAAGCGUCAUCGCAAACCAGCGAAAAUGGCGAUGUCAUCGACAAAGGCUUCCUCACCAUCGAAGCAGCCAACACGUUGGUGGAUUCUUUUAAGAAAAUCAUGAUGCCUCAUUUCCCCUUUGUAAUCAUCCCUGAUGGCAUGACCGGCGAGAAACUGCGCUAUGAGAAGCCCUUUGUCUUCCUGACUGUGCUCACGGCUGCCAUGUUCGAUAACAUGCCCGUCCAGCGCAAGCUGGAACAUGAGGCAAAGCAAUACAUCAGCGACCGGAUGAUCUUUGGGGGCAAGAUCUCGGUCGAGCUUCUCCAGGGUCUGCUAGUGCAUCUCGCGUGGUGCCAAUAUCAUUCGCGACCGCGUCGAUUCUCGCAAUAUCUUCAAUUGGCCGUCAGCAUCAUUCUGGAUCUGCGUCUGGAUCGUCCGCUCGAUCAGUUGUCGAAGAAGAACCGCGUCUGGUUAGACUCGCAGGACGGCAUGACUGCGCUUUCGUGGGGGCGAGAGGUGCAGAGAGCCGUGGUUGGGUGUUACUUCAUUUCGUCGAGUAUCUCGCGCAUUCUCGACAAGUCGUGUACAUUUCCACUGACGCCGUAUAUCGAAGAAUGCGGACAAUCACUAGCAACAAACCCAGAGUAUCCAUCAGACACACACAUCAUCUUCAUUAUCAAACUGCAGUAUCUGCUGGAUAAGAUGGACCAUCCUCUGCGGGGUGUAACGGAAACCAACCGAGAGAUAGAGCGACACAUCCAGAAUCAGCGCAAAGGACUCGAGCAUUACAAAGUGACUGUUCCAUUCGAUCUAAAAGAAAGCACCUUUCUCCUGAUGCAAUACCACACGACCGAACUGUAUCUCACGCAAAUCAGCCUGUUUGACCGACGAAGAGACUCGCAACCGACUCCCUGGUCUCAAUUCCAGCUCGACUCGCUCUGUAAUGGAUUACUCGCAGCCAGAUCUCUCUUGUCCUUCUAUGCUUCCGCUCCCCUUCGUGCUGAGACCGGAUUCAACAAUGCGCAGUGGGUGCAACUUGGUUUUGGCAUGACGCUCGCGUCGAAACUGGCCGUGGCAGCAUUGGAACCGUCGAUUUAUCAUCAGACAGCAGAGUAUCGAGAAGCGCUGGACAUGUCAUCGGUACUGCGACAGGUUAUUCUCCGUCUGCAAGGAUUGAUCACACCGCAUUUCGACGCACGAGGAGAUCGCGAUGCCUUUUACCACUACGAAAAGCGGAUGAAAAAGGUGCAGUGGUGGUAUGAAAACAGCAUC